AUGAGCAAUACUGCCUCUUCGUUUCCUUUCCCAACACCUUUCAUGAUAACGAAUAGAAAUCAUCAAACAACAACUCUUCCUCCUCAAUAUGGCUCAAAUUUACCACAUGCUCCACCUAUGAGGAUGAUGAUGCCAUACCCACCUCUCAACACUCCUCCUAUUCCGAAACUUUCUUCUGCAAUAAUGGACACAACAAACAAUACAAGCCUUUUCUCUCAAUAUCACUCGUUCUUUGUGGUACUGUCAGAUUUUAGUGUAGAGUUAUUUUCUGAAGAAAUCCGUUCUCUACGAAACAAUCAAGCCUCCUCUGAUGAAAAAGUUUCUACUUCUAAACAUAGAGAUGUCGCUUCUUUAAGAAUGAAUUUUGCAAAUUACAAACAAUUUAUUACCUCAAAUCAAUCCUCUUGUAAGAUCAACAUGGAUACAUCCACUAACACUUCAGAGUCUAGCACUAACAAUACUUACAAGUAUGAAUGGCCAUCAUUUAAACAACAGUUCUAUUAUCAAACUGGAAUGAUAGAUUCAUUGAAAAAGAGACAAUUUGUGAUACAAUGUUUUGAUUUUAAUAAUUUACCAAUUGGAAAUACUAUUAAUUUUAAUCUAUUAUCGAUCUGUACUGGAAAUGUCCAUCAAGAGAGUUUUAUUUUGAACAAUAAUCAAUACAUUAUUGGAAAAAUUCAAUUCAAAUGCCAAAUGAAACAAUUUAGCGAUGUUGAAGUUAAUUUGAAAAAUUUAAAUAUUAUCUUGCCAUCUACUUUUAACAAAGAAGAAACACAAGAUUGUUACCUAUCUUAUGGCUUUACGAGUGGGGAGAACAACACUAAUGGCUCUUUUAAAUCAUCACCAAAUCCAAAUCAAUCCUUCCAAUUAAUUGUUCCAUGGACAUUACCAUGGCAUUUCAUUCAUGGAAUGGCACCUCCAAAUCCACAACUCUUGAAGCCAAUGAUGGACACUCAAUUAUCUUUGGUUUGGUAUGAAUUAUCAUCUAUUUACUUGACACAAACAUCACUGAAAGAAUUAUUAGAAAAGAAUUUAGUGAUAAGACUCAUGAAAAAGAAAAGAGAUGUAUCCGUAGCAGAAUUUUCUAUUCCUUUAAGUUCAAUUAUCAAAUCUGGAAUUUUGAAAAAUUCGCAAUAUCCAUUUAGACAAAGCGAAGGCACACCUUCAACAGUUAUUUCUGGUGUUGUUGAAUUCAAUAAUUUACCCUUAUUUAUCCAACAAGAAUCUCAACACAUUAAGGAGGACAUAACUCCAGAGAAGUCUGUAAUCACGGACAACAGAUUUAAUCAAUCAUCAUCAUCACUACCUUAUGGUGUAAAUGUGCCUCAACUUUUCCAAACCACCACCACUACCACUAGUACUACAACGACCACCACAUCAACGACAAGCACUUGGGAUGAACAGCAGCAGCAACAGCUACUACUACCACCAAGAAAGGUCUUUUCUCCCGCACAUAUUGCUUCCACCAACAGCACAACUAUGACCACUACUAUUCCAACUCCUUCCUCAAGUAGUGAUGAUUUUCUUACACUCGAUCAGACAUCUUCCUAUUCCACUGGACCUUCUCAGAUUGUAUUGGAAUGUACAUUUAAAGACAUGCUUGAUAGUGAUGGACUCGGUAUGACUCAUACUCUCACGAUUGAACAAGCAGUGCUUGCUACCAGCUCUGUUACAGUUCAACAAUCACCAUUUAAAUAUUUUGAAGUUCAAAUUUUAGAUGAAGGAGAAUCUGGAAAAUGCUCCAUUGGCCUCAUCUCAAAAAGUAACUCUAGUGAGAAGGAAAUGUUUGGCAGUGCCACCAAUACUGCUAACACUGCCAGUAUUGAGCAUGCAAUGAACGUUGGAUAUUCUUCUAUGGAUGGAUAUUUAUUUGGAAAGAGUCAAAACAAUCGUUUCAGAAGAAGACCAUUUGGUCCACAGUAUCGAUGUGGAGAUGUGAUUGGGUGUGGAUUAAUUUCCAUUCCAAGAAUUGUUGAUGAACCUUACGGGUUUUCGAGUUCUGUUCCUUCUCAACGCUAUCAACAAGUUGCAUAUUUUACGCGGAAUGGAAAGCUUGUAGGAUUUGCUCCUUAUCAAGUUGAAGAAAAGGAUUUAGCGUUUGCAAUUGUAUUAAGAUCUAAAUAUAUGAAGGUAUAUGUAAAUUUUGGACAAGAGAAACAACCAUUCCAAUUUGAUAUCCACCAAGCAGAUGUUUUGUACUUUAAUCAAAAGUUGCAACAGUACGCUAAUGUGUCAAGUGGUAGUGAAAAAUCUAUUAACAUUGGAGUUGAUUAUUUCAAUAGAGUAUUUAUUCAGAAUACGUUUAACAAUAAGAAUGUGUUCACAACGAACCCAAUGCAUACCAUUCUUAUGGAGGAUUACGUUAUGCAAAAAGUUCAUAACAAAUCAAAGACUAAGCAAUUACCAACAAGCAAAUUGCAAGAAAUUAAUCAGAAAUUGAUUAAUACCAUAACUAAUCCUGUAACAAUCAAAUACAAGACUCCUCGUAAAAAUAGUGAGAAAGAAGAGAAGGUCAAAUGGAAUGGUAUUGAGUCGAAUAGAGUUUUGUUAUCACUGUUGAAUAUUCCAAAAUCCUCCUUUUCCCCUAAUGAAUUUGCUAAUGUAGUCAAUUAUGGACAAUUUGUCAUCGAUUACCACCUAACACCAGAAGGUUAUAAUGAAUCUAUUCAAUUUAAUGUAACUCCUACAUUAGUGGCCAUUAGAGCAUUGGAGGCUCUUCAAUUAUCAAAAGGAAUGAAAUUCUUAGAAGUUGGAAGCGGAUGUGGAUAUGUCACUGCAUUGGUAUCAUUUAUUGUAGGUGAAGACGGAUUUUGUACUGGAGUUGAUAUUGAUGAAAAUGUUAUUGGAUUUGCCAAACAAAAACUAUUCGAGUUUAGUACGAGUUCACAUGGAUGCCAAUAUGCCUCCCAAAUGUGUGAAAUAGAAUUUAUCAAAAAGAAUAUUCUAUUACCAAAGAGCCUUAAUAUUCCCAUACUUUCUUGUGAAAAUUAUGAUGCUAUAUUCUGUGGAUUAGAAAUUACAACAGAUACUUUAAAGUAUUUUGAGAACGUGAUCAAAAUGAAUGGAAAGCUAGUUGCAGCUCUUCCUGACAAGUGUUUAUAUCUUUUCGAAUUUAUUGGAGAUGAUAAUUGGAAGAGAACUAAAUUAAUGAAGAAUUGUGAUUUACCAAUUGUAGUUUUGCCAUCUACAGAUGAUAUUGACUUUGAAAAGAGAGAACGAAUUAGAGAAUAUGUGAACAACAAUUUUUAUUUCUCCAAAAAGGACAUUGAUUUGGCUUUGGAUACUUUGGGAAUGGACAAUCUGGUGAACAUUUGUCAAUUCUUGAUGCUCUACUCAGAUCCCGCACUUAGAGCAACAGAAACUUCAUUGGAUCAAAUUGUUCAUGCUUUGAAGUUGUUUGAAACUCCUUGCAACACCAACCUUCCCGUGCAACAACACAUUCUUCUCUUUCCUGUUCAAGCACACUUUUACUUAGUGCAUGCUAGAAAUUUGAGUAACUUCUUCCAACUACCCCUCAACUUUGUCGAAGAUUGCUUGGUGAAAUAUCAGUGUAACAUGAUGCAGCUCAAUCCAAUUCUCGAACAGAUAUCUAAACAAAAACUGUCAUCAUCCUUCUGGGACGAAGAUGAAGAAGAGAAAGUAUGUCUUGAAUUGCUGAGCAAGUUUGCAAAAUAA